AUGAGGUUCUCCGUCGCCUUGAUUCUGGCCUUCUCGGCCGCGGUCCUCGCCGAGGAAGCAACCGCAACCGUCACCACCAGUGUCGUCUCGACCGUCACAGAGGGCUCCGUCGCCACGACCACGGUGACAGCCACGCCCUCGGGCCUCCGCGCGAGCAAUGCGACGGUCACCGUGACCAAGACGGUGACCAAGCGCCUGCGUCCCACCGGCAGGCCCAAGUACCGCCACAAGCACCUCGGGGCCAACUGCCCGUGCAUGAAGAUGCGCAAGUACAAGCAGCGCAAGUACAAGCAGCGCAAGAGCAGGCCGGGGCACAGCAAGAACAGACAGCACAAGACCCAUCACUCCCCAGCCCACCCCAGAAUCAUCUACCCAGCCUUUGCCGAGGCAUCCACCCAAGACGCCAUGCCCCGCCAGCCCUCGACCGAGCCCGGAAUGUCCCCGGCCAUUUCGUAUGGCUCCGGCCGCCGCCUGCGCCGCAACCGGCCCCGGCUCCAGCCGGUGGUGAUCCAGGCGCUGGUCCAGCCGGUGCAGGGGGUAAUUCUGGCGCUGCUGCUGGCACAGCUCCUGAUGCUGCUGGCGCAGGUGGUGACCCCGCCGCUGCUGGAGGUCCUGGUGGCGCUGCCGGCGCUUCGGAUGGUGCUGGUUCUCCUGGCGCCGGUGCUCCGGGUGUUGGUGCUCCGGGUGUUGGUGCUCCAGGUGCUGGUGCUCCCGGCGCUCCUCCUGGUGGCGCUCCUCCUGGCGGCGCUCCCGAUAGUGCUGCCGCGGCUGGUGGCGCUCCGGGUAGCGCUCCCGCUGCUCCCGCUGCUCCCGCUGCUCUCGGCGCUGGUGCUCCGGGCGGCGCUCCCACUGCUCCUGGUGCACCCGCCGCCCCUGAUAGUGCCGCCGCGGCUGGUGGCGCUCCGGGUGGUGCUCCUCCUGGUGCCCCCGACGCUCCUGCUGGUCCUGCUGGUACCGGUGCCGAUGCUGCUACUGGUGCUUCUGACGAUGGGGCUCCUGUCGGUGCUGCUCCUGGCGCAGCCACUUGAGCCUGCCCCGACGACGCUGCAGGCGCCCAAGUCGCCGAAUCUGCAAACGAGACCACCAAACAUUUGGGUCUGA